AGCUCCUCCUCUUCAGGGUGAUGGGAGGGCAGGGCCAGAUUAUCUCCACAUACUGUAAAUUGUGCCGAGGCCAGGGCUGGCAGCUCAUUACAGGUCAUCUACAUGAAGAGAUCCAUAAUUGCUCCUCUGUAUGUGCGGCUACCAUGCCUUAUUGAUCCCCACAGGAACAUCCUUUGUUGGCUAUCAUAAUGAAUAUAGCAGUUACAGGUCGGACCCCGGGGCCGGCUACAGAGAUUCCGGCGACCUUUUGGCUCCGAAACCUGCUCAAACACAGAUUUUAUGGCUCGGGAGACUUUCUCCGAUAAUCAACCGGCCAUGUCGCACAACAUUCGGCACCUCUCUGAACAAAGUCUGACCCUCCGUGUCCAUCUGUAUUUAUUUCAGGGUGUAAAUCAUAAUGUUGUUAAUAGAUACAGCAUCGCACUCUUAGUAGUCUCGUACAAUUGUAGACAUUGAAAGCUAGAAGCCCGCUAAAUAAAAAUCAACUCUAAUUGGCAAAAUGUAAAUAAAUAACCUUGCAACGAUAUAUAUUUUUUUGAGUUUCUGAUGAUAUAAUUUCCAAUUAUUGUUUGAAUUUAGUCGUUUGUUUAUAUGAUUGGUUUAGUUUUAUACACAUUGAUGAAACACGAUGACUUGCUGCUGCACAAUAUCUAUUUUCAAAUAAUAAUUUCUACUGCACAUUUACCUGCUACGUUUGACUAAUCAAAGCUAUGUUUAUUCCUUCACUGGAGCAUGCACACAAAACACAACAAUCAUGAUAAUGAAAAUAUAAGCGUGCUUAUAGGGAAUUGCCCCACUUAUUUUCUGCUCGCCGAGGGACUACUUUGCAUGGCGGAAGAAUAACCCGCCGUGCUGCCGCUUUAAAAAACGAUUGCACUUGCGUGAUGCCCUGUAAACAUUAAUAAUGAACAUGCGCUGCACAAAGUUGUUCUCUCUCUCUCCUUGCAGAUGCAUGUGUCCUGUGAUUCAGAGGAGCAAUAAGCCACUUUCACCUCCAGUGGCUUAUUGCUUAAUUAAAUGACAAAUCGCAGGAUCGCUGCGCAGAUUGGCCGAGUUGACGUCAAUCGGAUUGGUUAGGUGACAGCGCCAGGCUCCGCCCCCCUGUGGGCCAAGGUAGAGCGUGCUGCGAGGGGGGAGGAGGGAGCGAGGGGGCCGAGCUGAUCCCACGUGUGACGCUUCCAUUCCCGGCUCGGCAAUAUUCUCAUAGCGGGGCUUUGCAUAUCUCCUGGCCGUAUCUGUGUGCGUCUGUCACUGUGACUGUAGUCCCAGCCGAUAGUUUGGAAUAGACAUGGAAGGAGACGGGAGUCAAGCCACAUCCGGAAGCCUAAAUGAUUCACAACAUGACCCGGGUAAAAUGUUUAUCGGCGGCCUCAGCUGGCAGACCUCACCAGACAGCCUUAGAGACUAUUUUAGUAAAUUCGGAGAAAUAAGGGAAUGUAUGGUGAUGAGAGACCCCACGACGAAGCGCUCAAGAGGAUUUGGGUUUGUUACGUUUACAGACGCUGCCAGUGUAGAUAAAGUCUUAGCUCAACAGCACCACGAAUUAGACUCAAAGACGAUUGAUCCUAAGGUUGCCUUUCCCCGUCGCGCCCAGCCUAAGAUGGUCACAAGAACAAAGAAAAUAUUCGUGGGCGGCUUGUCAGCCAAUACAGUAGUGGAAGAUGUGAAGCAGUAUUUUGAACAGUUUGGAAAGGUUGACGACGCCAUGCUUAUGUUCGAUAAGACGACUAACAGACAUAGAGGAUUUGGUUUCAUAACUUUUGAGAGUGAAGACAUCGUAGAGAAAGUCUGUGAAAUUCAUUUUCAUGAAAUCAAUAACAAAAUGGUAGAAUGUAAGAAGGCCCAGCCCAAGGAGGUGAUGUUCCCACCAGGUACACGGGGGCGAGCCAGGGGUCUGCCCUACACCAUGGAUGCCUUCAUGCUGGGGAUGGGCAUGCUGAGUUACCCCAACAUUGUGGCGACGUACGGCCGCGGAUACACUGGAUUCGCACCAAGCUACAGCUACCAGUUCCCUGGCUUCCCAGCGACAGCGUACGGACCGGUGGCGGCGGCGGCAGUAGCGGCAGCGCGUGGCUCAGGUAGGGGGGCCCGUGGAAGAGGCGGCUACUUGGCGUACCCACAGAGCACAGGGCCAGGCCUCCCCGAUUAUGGGUUUUACUCUGCGCCCAGUGACCAGAGGGGGGGGCCCUGCUCCUUUGCUGACUAUGGCUCCCUGGGGCCCCAAGCGGCUCAGAUGCUGCACAGUGAGCAUGCCACCUCCGCCUGCAACUCCCCCCUCCAGCACCUACACAGCCCGGAUCAGUUUAAGAACCCAGGCGCCAACCCGUCGAGGCCCGGAGGUUUUCCCGGUGCGAACAGUCCAGGGCCCGUGGCCGACCUGUACGGACCCAGCAGCCAGGACUCGGCUGUGGGCAACUACAUCAGUGCUGCUAGCCCCCAGCCUGGCUCCGGGUUUGGCCCCAGCAUCACAGGCCCGUUGAUUGCAACAGCUUUUACAAAUGGAUACCAUUGAGCAGGUGGCCGGUUGCCAUCUCAUCAGAGCAGAGUAUAUCUGGUGGCCCAGGAAAGACAGGACGAAGUUUCUAAUUGGCUUUGUGUGCAGGUGACGCUCAUCCAACUUCAAGCACUACGGUGUCACCCAGGCAAAAAGAACGCAAGUCGGAACCAUAUGAAGAAAGAAAAGAAAACGUUAGUCAUCUCAGAAAAUAACAACUGCUGUACUAUGAUCCAAACCUCCUAUAACUUUACAACCUGGUUUGGUAAUGAUGUUUCACGUCGAUCUCUCCCACCUGUUCCCUUUCCUCCGUCCGCUUUUCUUUUGGAUUCGUUUUUAGAGAGUCAUUUUUAGCUUAACCUUAAUUUGUGUCCUUUAAUUUUAUCUCCUGGUAUAUUUGUGUAAAUGGGUUUUUGUUUGAAGUGCGGGGGGGGGGGGGGGGGUCAUAGCCAAGAAUAUCUGCAAGUCAUGUCUUCAUCUUCGUAUCGGUCAGUGUUAAGGAAAAGUGAUGGGAUGUUCCUUUCAGUCUUCCCGCGAAAAAAGAAGCUUGGGGAAAGACUCGGAGAAGAAAAAAAAAAAUGAAAACAUUUUAAGGAAACUUUAAAGAAGGUAUCUAAGUAAUAAAUCUUAGUAGCUGUUUUAUUUCUUGUGAUGUCUCAUCGUUAACCAUAAUUACCUAUUUUUGGGCAAUACAAAGAGGACUCCAAUAUUUUUAUGGUCCUUUUUUAUAAGUGUUGUUUUUGUUGUUUAGAAAUAUAUAUAUAUGCUAUAACAAAUUUCAUAUAACUACAUUGUGAAUUCAAACUUGAGAAAAAGAAAUGUAGCUGUACAUAUUAUUCCAGUCACUGCAUAUAACCAACUCAGUGAGAGAAUAGCAUAUUUUUGUGAUGGUGUGUCAAAAAGAACCUGUUAUAGCGUGUGAAUAGAAGACAAAGCUGUAAACAGUUACUAUUACUAUACUUUUUUUUCCCGUUUCUGCUGGAAGACGGUAUAACGACCCCAGAGGCAAACAGAACACACUCGCUCUGUAAAUACUGAAGCUCAAUAAUUUUACAAAAGUGUCAUACCAGCAAAUUUACAAACGGCGAGUUAAGUGACCGCAGUUUUAAGAAAUGCAUUUUAAAAAAGAAAAAACGAGAAGAGCCUGAUUGGUUUCUUGUGUCUAACUGUUAGGAUAUCGAUAUCAUUUCACACAGAGAGAGAGAGAGAGGAAAGAAAAAGGAAAAAAAGAUGAAUUAAUCCAAAGCACACUGUACUUCGAUGUGAUGAUUAGAACUUGAACCAGGCAUUUUCCAGUGCUCUGUGCAUCCUGACACUUUUAUACUCUCGAGGGGAACUUGUUAGAUGUCUCUUAUUGUUUGUUUCAUCCUGCUUGUUCCCGAAUUCGUAUAUUUUAUCUCAUUUUUUGGAACACAAUAUCCGGGCUCUGUGCUAGAGCCGCCGUGUAAAGCUUCUUCUCUUGAAUCGGUUCUUAUUUUUUUUCUCUCUUUUUUUGAAUGAAUUAGGAAAGUAAACAUUUUGAUACCAUACCUCAGCCUUCGUGAGUUCUAUAUCGUGGAAUCAUUGGCAGGUUUAAUUUAUUCUAUAGUGGCGAAACAAAACGAAAACACUGAACGGUAAUAAAGUGAGUAAUCAUUGCACUGUGAGUAGUGAAGUACAGGCCAUUUUCCUAUUUGCACAUGUAUAUGUUGGCUUUUUAAAAGAAACGGCCCUGUGCUUUGGGAUAGUAUGAAGGAUUGUGGGGGUUCAUGUAUUCUCGACUCGACAAGCGCGCUGGGGAAUAGUAACUGAUAUGUUGCAGUGUACAUUUCUUUAUAUAUUAGACCCACGCGUCAUCUGAAGAUAUUUAUACAGGGUCAAAAGACGACACUGAAUUAUUCGCGAUCUGUGGCUGCACCAGGUUUUACACGGUAUGCGUUGGCUGAUGAUUUUACUCAUGACAAACGUCGAGCGGCGAUAUGCUCCACGGUGCGGUCCGGUUUCGAAGCGUCACCGGCGGAGCGGACGGCGUGUUCUUCUGAAAAUACUUUACCUGCUGCAGAUUGUUAUUUGUUGUUUUCAUUUCCACCCACUUCUUGUCCAAAUUGCUUUUGUUUUGUUUUUUCGAAACAACCAGGUAAAGAAAUAUGCUGGAUACUUCUGUGGAAGUAAAAAGAUUUGUGGAGGUGUGAUCGAGUAAUAAUAUAAAGAGGAAAGAGGAAGAAAAGAAAAAACAACCCUUGUAAUGUUCAAAUGUAAAAGAAAAUAAGAAAUACAAAACUAAAAAAAAAAAAAGAAAGAUGCUUCUUUGCUGAUUUCAAGUUUAAUCAGAGUUUUAUUGAUACGUUGUGGUUUAUAUAUUAAUAAUUGUAAUAUACUAUUAAAAUGUACUGUGCAUCCAUUGCUUUCUCUCUUUCCAUUCACCAUCCUCGGAGAUCCUAUUAUCUUUUGUUGAUCAUCCAUGUAUCUCAUUAGUGUGUGAAGAACUCACAGUUAACUUGUAAACAGAGUGCUGUCUUUGAUACCAGUGUAGUGCUCUUUGUUGUUCUCCCUUGCUCUACCUCUCCCUCCUCUCAUAUUUAUCCCUCUCCCUCUCUCGCGCUCUUUUUCUAUCUCCUGUAAUUACAACGUAGAUGUUAUAUAGGACUCAUUAAUAUAAUACUUGUAGUGAAUAGUGGAUUUAGGACCAGUCAAGAUAGACCUUUCUCUAAAUGAUCAUGUUAUCCUGAUAUUUGCAGACAUUUAUUUUGAUAGAGGUUUCACUGUAAUUUAUUCCCUGUAUGUUUUUUUCCUUUUUUCUUUUUUCUUUUUUUUUGGGUUAUGGUUUUGCCACUCUCACAUGGUUUCAGCUAACCAAAGCUCUCAUGGAUGGACAAUAGAGAAACCGUUGCUGUAAGAUGGAAUUGUACACAAGGCAUUAUUUGGAUCCCCACCCUUGAAUGUUUUAAAAGGGGUGUGCCAUACUACCUUAAAUGCUAAUGCUAGAUAUGCAAAACUUUUAUUUUGGAUUACUUUUUAAAGAGGGACACAAGCUAUAAUCAUGGGAGGGGGGAAUCAUAAUUCAUACUUUUUUAAGAUACACACCAAUGAUUUUCACAAUAGUCACAAUAUCAGCCGUUAUGUUGAUAUUGUGCUGAUAUUAUAGUGCUGUUUAAAUGACCUGCCAUAGUGUCAUUUAAUAUUCCUAUACAAUGGAAAUAACCCAGAUGCCUUUUGGCAUAGUUAUUUUUAAAUACUACUGUUUUUGAUCUCUUAUAUCUCUCAAAACUUUUGUUAUUCUGAUGAUUUUAAUCCCAGAUUCUGGGAGCUAGUUUUCGUUCUAAUCCAUUAAUCAAAUGUCGUCCCCAAAUAUUGACUUUAUAGAGGCAUUAGUGUAAAAAAGGAAACAAGACCUACUGCAUAAGACUCCAUUAAACAGAGGAGCUGUGAAGGAGCAGGUGUGAAAGGGGCGGCUGGGUAGCAGGGGCUGAUUAAUAGGUGGUUAGAUUCAUGUCCGGACACUGGACCAGCGCCCCGGAGCUGUGAGUCAUCGCUAAGCCAAAUUGGAGCCGAAAGGAAUAUAUAUUAAAAGUUGAAUCUGAAUGCUCGACGUUUCCUCGAAGCGCCGUGUCAAAGGAUGUCCAUAUUUCAGACCUGUUAGAUCGAACACAAGCUGCUGUGUUUCAGGCGUUAACAAACCAAUUAUGAAGCCAAUUCAGUUUCGGAGCUCAAGCUGUGUGCACACUCGAGUCGAGCGCAAUUUCAAUUAAGCAUAAUUUAGGUUUUUCUAUCAGUUAUUUUAUUCACCUCAUGAGGUUUUUUAAAUUGAAUGCUACACACAUUACAUGAAUAAAUACGAUUAAUGUCAAUGUUAGUUCUCCUCAGCUAAUAUUGACUGUCAGAUUACAUACAGUAUGUACAGUAACGGCAGCUUUGUUGGUGACAUUAAUGGACAAAUGAAUCCAAUAGAUCCACCAAGUAUAUGAGACACUGUUAAUGAAAAUAGGUGAAGGCGAAUCACCCCCAAAAAGUCCACAUUUUGCGAUUCAAAUAAUGUUCAACUUUAUUGAAAAAUUAUCAAAGUAAUCGAUUGCAAUCGACAAUACUUAAUACUCCCUUAAAAAACAAAAAAAUGAUUUAUCCAAAAAAAGAUGAAGGACUAAUGUAUAUCUUCACCUCAAUUGCACAAUAUAGUGUAUAAUAUGAACUAUCUUAACAGUAAAUAGGAAUAAACACUUUCAGUUCUAGUUGAGUAUUCUCCUGACAGGAUCAUAGAGCGUGUUCCUCCUGUUGAUUUGCUGCAUCGUCCCUUGAAUUUGUAUCAAAAUGAAAAUUCAAAUCAGCUACACGCCAGUGCGAGAAGCUCAUUACGAGCCGUGGAUGAUUCCAGAUGUACAGUGAUGACAUUUCAUCUGAAGUAGCCGAGCAACAUGUUUUGAACUGCGUUGCUCUGUGUGUUUCCACUGCUGCAGCACAUGGUGGCUGUAAUUGAACUGCAAUUAACUCAUUUUGAUUUAACAAAACAACAGAAAAAGAACUUGAACCGGCUGAUUCAUAUUUUAAAAAUAAAUUUGCUCUUGUGUUGUUUUGUGAUCCUGUAGCUUGGACUUUAAGGUAGCAUGGCUCUGUUGCUGUACUUUCCUUUUAUCUCAAAACUGACAGCAGUUCACAGCUGAUGAAUGUUACACAUCUUAGUAGACUAGCUUAUCCAUUUGGGGAGAGGGGAGGGUCGUGGUUUAAGAAAAAAAAAUGAUCAAAAAAGAAAAAUAGUCAACCUGGAAGGUGUUGACAUUUGUAGUGUACUACCGUAUCCAUUUAAACUUGAAUCUUGAGGCAAGUGCUAGGCAAUGGCCAAACAAUUUAUCCCAUCCGUUGUUUGGGGACAAUCCCACCCUGAAACCACACACACACACACACACACACACUUGUGAGAUUUCCGUCGCCGUCUUGGAUUCGCAUCUGUCUGACAUUAUGAAUAUGAGCAACAGUCUCCCAAAAAAAGCUGGGACAUCAGACGAGGACUGUCGGAGGCUCCACUCCCAUGUCUAAUGAAUUCGACUUGACUUUGAGUAUUGGUGCCCGCAGAGAAGAGGCCUAUUCAUGUUGGCGCUCAUGGUUUUGAACCACACAAUGUGCCCUUAUCUCUGAGAGAUGCUGGUUACUGUCACGGUGACCACAAAGUUACUCCCGACCGACGGCACCAUUUACAGCGUGGGCUCUCUUGAUGAGGCAAAGAUCUGUUCACGAUCACAGACGCAGACUUGAGAUCCUCACGGUGACGGAAAUGGCACAUUUCCCCUUCAAUCCAAACCAUUGCCAUCUCACCCAUGCCCAUUACGGAUUAUAGUAUAUACAUAGGGUUGCAAUAUAUAUAUAUAUAUCUAUAUCUAUAGAUAUAUAUAUAUGUGUGUGUGUAAAGAUGAAUAUAUAUACUUGCAACUUUGGCUCAUUUGAACAAAACUAGACUGGAGACCUCAGCUGUAUACAGAAUGUCGCUCACACAGCUGCACCCAUGAACCGCCAACUCAUCCUCGCAUUCGCCCGCUCACCAACACGAGAGUUCACCCCCUGGCGCGAUGUGGAGUUUGGCGCAGGCCGCACGGCCUGGAGGGGCGAGCCCGGACGCUCUGCAGACUGCAUGGACGGCAGUGCGAGGCUCUGCUGUGCUUCUGUGUCUCCGCAGGCUGAGCGCAGAGCUCUCCUCACUGCUGUCUGCCCAUUCCUAACACUUGCCCCGUCUUUUUUUUAUGUUAACCGACUUUUUAUGGCGAGAGACAGACAAGACUUGACUGACAUCUGAAAGCAUCUUUCAGGUUAUCAUAUGGCUUGCUUAAGCCCUGUUGUAAAGUAUACCGAGAAAAAAAAAAAGGAAAAAAAAAGAUGAUGAUAAUAAUAAUAACAAUAAUAAUGGAUGGGGGUCUCUCACAUAUCAAAUGUGGAAAGUCUAAUUUUAUAUUUGUAUUUUCAAAUAAUAAUAUUGACAAAAAAAUGUCUGUGAAAGGUUUCCAUCCUCUGCUGUGGUCCAGAAAUUGAUGUGUCUGUCUGGAAAAAUAAAUAAAAUAAACUGAAUUGUUAUAUUA